UCUACACUAAUGAGCAGCUACCCCUGAGAAUCUUUUUCAUGAGACGACUUGACGAUGCCCCGGCCCCAAGGCACAUGCUCAGCGGGGAACGCCCGUGGUCACUUGGAGAGCUCAGCGUUGGAACGCCCGGCGCAUGCGAAGUACCAGCGCUGCAUGCACCACAGCUAUAUACUGCUAGACCCUCAAAAGCUCAAAGAGACUUCCGAUGGGCAGAAAGUCCAAGGACUGUUGGUUGGUGCCACGGUGAUGAACCAUGAUGAACCGGGUACCUCUUCGGGUCACCGUUUUGGCCGGCCACCGGAGAAGUUUCGCGUUCCUCUCGCGAAUCCGGUCACCAGUGACCAGUGGCGGUGGACCGUGGUCUUUGCGGCGUACGACGGUGUACAGACGUGGACGACGGUGUACGUCUGAAACACAGACGUGGUGGACCAUCGGACGUGAGUGUGUCGUGGACAGACUCGGUA